GCAAAGGAUGAGGUCCUAAAACCUACAGAUGGUAAGCAAAGACUAAAACUAACUACAUAUUAUGUUAACCGAAGAAAAUUAUCUCCGAGGGAGAUGAAGGAGUAAUGAAUGCCAUGAUAUUUUACAUUUAAGGCAAAGAAUAUUCCACACAUGAUGUCAUGGAACAGGUCUCCGACCAAUGCCGUAACAAUACCGAAUGAAUGGGUACUGCGUCUCCAGACAGACAGCCUGAAGCAUCACAGCUUGGAGGAGUCAACGGAUUGGCUGCCGAGAAUGAGAGAGAGAGAGAAAACAAUAAUGACAGAGACAGACGAGAAUGCUACUAAGCUGGAGAAAGGAAUUAUCACUUCGAAGAAAAUGAUCUCCGGGAGAGAUGAAGGUGCUAAUGACGCAUCUCAUAAAAGCCAUGGCAUUUUACAUUUAAGGCAACAAAAUAUUCCAUCAGGAAAUGAAGAAUAUGAUGAUAUACCGACAGACAAAUGGUCAGGCACAACAUCCACACUUAAGUCAGGUCCUUGUCAGAAGUAUAGAUGGCAAUAAAACAGUUGCUAAAUGCUUUAUUCUACAUUCAGG